AUGUUAAUGGAAUUAAUAAUUCCCCAUAAGAAUGUCAUCGAAAAUAUUAAGACUGAUUCAAUUAACAUAAGAAGAAAAACCGAGUCGUGGGAGUAUAUAACUAAUCAGUACAAUAAUAAUGAUCCAGAAACUGGAAAUAGAACAGUUGCACAAUUAGAAAAUGUGUAUGAUAUGGCAAAAAGACGAGCUAAAAAGGAACUGAGUUAUGAUAAAGUUUCAAUGUAUAAAAGUAUGAAAGGCAUCACUGAUGAUGAACAAUCAGUUAUUUUAGACUUAGUACAAUCAUACCAUUCAGAAAUAUUGAAUAGUCGUCCGUAUCAACUAGAUGAAGCAUGGUUAAAUAUUACAGAAACGUACAAUGUUCAUCAGACAUCUGGCAUUAAAACAAUCGAUGAAAUUAAGCAAAUUUUUGAACAUUUAAACAAAACAGCGAAAAAAGAAAAUAAAAACGAUAAAGUUGAAAGAUAUAAAACUGGGGGUGGAAAGUACUCAAAAACUUUGUCAGAUGUGAGUGAACAGGUUUUGGGAUUUAUAGGUGACCGAAUAGAACCUCUCGUGAAUCCAUAUGACGAUGAUUUUAGCUAUACAGACCUAAUGGAAAACCAUAAAAAUAAUGCCAAAAAUAUUCUGGAGGAUAGUGCUAAUAUGGAUAAUGUAGAAAUUGUUACUUUCGACAAUGAAAUGGAAGAGUUUAAUGUUUCUUUUGACGAUUUAACGUAUGCUGGUACUAAAAAAAUCAACUGGGGUAAGAAAUCAUAUGAUAGUUAUAAUAUAAACAUAGAUAUUAGAUUUGUCUAUACAGUAACAUCAAAUGCAAAUGCUAUGCCAAAAUCACAACCAUCAUACACAAUUAUUUCAGAUCCAACUUAUAGUACCUCAUCAGCAAAAAAAAAUAGCAAAAAUGUAACUAUUCCUAAAGGACAUUCUCAAAAAACUGUUUGUGAAGGAUUACAAGAAUUAACAAAAAAAAGAACUAAUAAAGUCGAAGCUAAAAAUGAGUUUUUGUCUGAGUUGCAAGAUAUAAAAAUAAAAAAAGCAAAAUUAGAACUUCAAGCAGCCGAAAUAACAAUUAAUAUAUUAAAUACCGAACUUGAAACUAAAAAAAUGGAAAUGGAUUCAAAAAAAAAAAACAACUACAACUCUAAGAAGAUAUUUUGCAUCUAG